CCAUCGCUCCGCACCUCCUCGCUGUUCGUGACAGCCCCCGCCUCUCCCCUCCGCUUGCCGCUGCCGCUGCUUCCUCCCUCCCCAUCCAUGCACCAAUAACGCACCCCGCUCCACACCCCAGCUGCAAACAGAUCCAUCAAUGCCGCCGCGGCCGUCCUCGCCUUCUUCGAGGGCGAGGGCUGGGGCCGCGGCGCCCUCCCCCUCUCCUUCCCUCGCACACCCCCGCCCCACUCGCGAUGACUUUGCCGAUGUCAUCGACACUCUUCCCGCGCCCCCUCCGCGCGCUGCCCAAGCCCGAACCGGCCCCAUCCGCUCACCAGCACCCUCUCCAGACUCGGUGGACCUCGGCGAGAUCCACCCCCUCCACCCCGCCUAUCGUCCAACAGAAGAUCUCCGCCGCCCACCCCUCCCCUGGGCCGACUCGCGCGAGACGCUUUCCCGCGCAAGCAGCGACACCGGCAGCCUCCGCAGCGUGCACAGCGACGAGCACGACACUGCGCACCUCACCAACACCCACGCCCACUCGCAUCCAGGGCCUGGAAUGGGGAUGGCGGGGAUCGGCGGAAGCACAGGCGUCGGAGGAGGAAGCGCACGACCUUCCCGCCCGUACGACAGCGAGGGAAGAGUGCGCGCCGGACCCCUGGGCAUCAUCACUCGCAGUCCCACAAUACGACGUGUGUCCACAACCCUCCGCAACGCCAGUAUCCGUGUUCAACACAUCAUGGGCACCGAGAAGGAGGGGUACGAGGGCCUCACCCGCCUCUCGACAAACGACGAGCGCGCAGAGUUCCCCGCACUCGAAAUGAGCAGCGCGCCGUCCACUCCUCCAGAUCCACCGCCACUCCCGCCACCACCACCACCACCACCACCACCGCCGCCGGGGAGGCUGCGCGGGCGCACCCUCGGCAUCUUCUCCGCCUCCAAUCCCAUCCGCCGCGCCAUGAACCGCGUCGUCCUCUUCCCCCUGACCGAGCCCAUCAUCGUCGUGCUCAUCAUAGCCAACUUUAUCAUUCUCAUCCUCCAGUCCGCCCCGCCCAUGUUCGAACCCCGCAGCAAGCAAGGUGGCUACUUCCGCAGCUGGGAGGACUAUGCGCUGUUCGUUCUUUUCGUCAUCUUUACCCUCGAAAUGUUUGCCCGGAUUAUCGUGACUGGCCUGAUCGCCGACCCCGAAACGUCGCUUCCAGCCUUCUCGCACAGGGUGCGCGACUUCCUCGUCUUCAAGGCAAAAGCCGACGUCGAUCCAGCGGCUAGGCCAUCUACCAAGGAGACUUGGCACAGGACACGACAGUCGUCCACGCCCGUCGUCAGCCGCAACAACACAAGCCAGCUCCUGCCCUUCGACGAGGCCGUCACACACCAGCGCAGCCUCGUCAAAGACAACCGGCCAUACCUCCGCCACUCAUGGCACCGCAUCGACAUGCUCGCCAUCGUCUCGUUCUGGAUCUCUUUCAUCCUUGCCGUCACGGGAAAGGAAGUGACUGAAAGUCGUCACCUCUAUUUGUUCCGCGCGCUCAGCACCCUGCGCACUUCACGCUUGCUCGUCGUCACAUCAGGUACUGCAACUAUUCUGCACUCUCUCAAGCGAGCUGGACCGCUCAUCCUCAAUGUGUCGUUCCUGAUCGUGUUCGCGGCCGCCCUCUUCUCCAUCAUCGGUGUGCAGAGCUUUCGCGGAUCACUGCGGCGCACCUGCAUCCUCACCGAUCCCAACAACCCAGAGCAGAACAUCACGCUUGGUAGUUGCGGAGGGUUUCUGGAUCCAAAUACACUUCGUCCAACCUCCUUCAUCCGGCAGGAUGGCACACCCUCGUCACAAUCGCCUAAAGGCUUCAUCUGUCCUCUUGACCAGAUAUGCAAGACCAGCGAUGUCAGCCUGGAAGACGGCACCAAGAGCUUUGACAACAUCUUCAAGUCGCUAGUGCAGGUCCUCAUCAUUGCAGGAGUCAACACAUGGACGAACACGAUGUACGAGACUAUGGACACGGACUAUCAAGCGUCGGCCCUCUUCUUCAUCGUGGCUGUCAUGGUACUCAACCUCUGGCUGAUGAAUCUGCUGGUCGCUGUGGUUGUCAACACGUUCCAGGACAUCCGCGCGGAGACAAAGAAGUCGGCCUUUGGUGGUGAAGCCUCUGCUUUGGCCGCCCCACAGUGGGCUCAGGACACGACGAGGAAGCCCAAAAAGCCCUCUCGCUUGUUCACGGUAUACAAGAAGACGGAGCCGUUCUGGGUCCUGCUCAUCCUCGUCGAUGUCAUCUCUCAGGGCACGAAGACCGCGAACACGUCCCCGCGGCACUUGGCCAUCCUGCGCCACAUGGGUCUCGCUUUCGGCAUCAUCUGGCCUAUCGAGAUAGCGCUGCGCUUCUUGACGUUUGUUCCAGACUGGCGUGCCUUCUUCAAAAUCAAGCGGAACGAUUUCGACCUGCUCCUCGCCGUUGGCAGCGCCGUCGCAGAGCUGAUCCCGGCCGUCCGAGGCUCCCCGUAUCACUCGUGGUUGACAGCUUUCCAUCUGAUGCGAUGGUACCGUGUCAUCCUCAUGGUUCCGCGGAUGAAGCCUCUCCUGAUCAACGUUUUCGGUAGUUUUACCGGUUUGUUCAACAUGGUCAUUUUCCUAUUCCUCAUGACCAUGCUUGCCGCGUUGAUGGCUGUCCAGUUCCUCCGCGGCGACAUUCCAGAAGGCGAUAAUAUGGUCAACUUCUCCCAGAUCUUCAACUCAUUCGUUGGCAUGUACCAGAUCUUCUCGACAGAAAAUUGGACGCAAGUACUCUACACCGCUGUCGCAGCUGAAUGGGGCUUGGGCCAGGGCUGGUUCGUGUGCAUCUUCCUCUUCCUCUGGUUCAUGUUCGCCAACUUCAUCAUGAUGCAGAUGUUCAUCGCGGUUAUCAACGAAAACUUCUCCGUCGCCGAGGAACAGAAACGCAAGCAGCAGGUUGACGCCUUCAUUCGCCGGUCCGAGCCUGAGUCUGGACACACCAGCUUCUUCGAGAGGUGGAACCCGUACAAUAGAAUCAAAGGUAGACACAAGGCGAUCCGCCUCGCCGAAGUGCCGCAGAACCUCAUUUUGCCAUUGAAACAAACGAUCGGGCAGGACGUCGGGUCGGCAGACGUUGAUCCCGAGGAGACGUCGGGCAAGGCGGCCAUCAAGCGACUCAUGGGCUUUACGGAGGAAGGAAAGGUGAACCCGCUCCGCCGAUUCAAGAAGAAGGAGACGCACGACAUGCGCCGGCGCUCCGCGCGUCUCGACCACGCCGAUGACAGUGACGACGAUCGCGGUUUGACGGACCUCCUUCCGCCACUCAAUCCCGGUAUCUCGGUUGAUGAGCACAAGGAUGCCUUACGCGAAAAGCGCAACCAGGAAGCGGACUUCAUCUCGGCUCACCCAACCUAUGACAAGCCGCUGUACAUCUUCUCGCAGACAAACCCUGUGCGCAAGUUCUGUCAGCGCCUCGUGCCAUCAUCCCAUGGGCAUCGUAUCUUUGGUCAGCCGCAUAGCCCGAUGUGGCACUUCCUCUUCACCACCGUGAUCUUCCUCAGUGUCGUUGCGAGUAUCGUCAUUGCAGCCAUCGCCACUCCAGUCUACCGCAGGAAUUUCUACAUGGAGCACGGGACAUCCCUCGCUUGGUUCGACUUCAGCGAGGCUGGCGUGGCCCUCGUGUUCAUCGUGGAGGCCGUGAUAAAGAUCAUUGCCGAUGGCUUUAUCUUCACGCCCAACGCAUACCUUCACUCGCUGUGGAACGUUGUCGACUUCAUUAUCCUCCUGGCGUUGCUGGCGAACACUGUCACGUCCUUGGUCAUCAUCGGCGGUGUGAAUCGCUUCACGCGCUCGCUCAAGGCGUUCCGCGCGCUGCGGCUCAUUACGCUGUUCAGCCGUCUGCGUGAUACCUUCUACGUGGUGUUCUUUGCCGGAUUCGUGCGUAUCCUGGACGCCGCUUGUCUCAUGAUCUUCUACAUUAUCCCGUUCGCCGUGUGGGGCCUCAACAUCUUCCGUAAUCGUAUGGCCGGCUGCAACGACGGCGGCGAGAACAUUGGAGGACGCAGUGACUGCAUCGGCGAGUUUCUCCACGCGCCUGUCGAUGGAAGUUUGGCGUUCCUUGCGCCGAGGGCGUGGGGUAACCCCACCUUUGACGGCAGCAAGUGGUCCUUUGACGAUUUCCGGAGGUCGAUCUUGAUCCUAUUCGAGAUUGUGUCCCUGGAAGGUUGGACGGAUGUCAUGGGGUCGGCCAUGAACAUCGUUGGCAAAGAUAUGCAGCCGCAGACGAACGCGCAGCAGUGGAACUCGAUCUUCUUCAUCAUUUUCAACCUGUUUGGUGGCAUCAUCAUCUUGACUGUCUUCUUGACGAUCAUCAUCGAGAACUUCAGUAUCACCUCGGGCACAGCCCUGUUGACUACUGAACAGCGUCAAUGGGUUGACCUCAAGAAGUAUAUACGUGCGCAGACGCCGAGCCAGCUCCCGAAGAAGAAGCCAAGCACGCCACUCCGGCUGUGGUGCUACAACCGUGCGACAACCAAGCGCGGCUACUGGCAGCGCUUCUUCACCUUUGUCUACUGCGUCCACAUUCUCCUCCUGAUGUGCGAAGACUACUCGGAGAACAUCAUGUCCGAGACGCAGCUGGACACCACCUUCCUCAUUCUGACAGUGCUGUACGCCGUUGACAUCGUCGUGCGCUUCAUCGGCUUGGGAUUCAAAGCUUUCCGCUCAAACGGGUGGAAUCUGUUCGACGUCUUUGUCGUGACAGGUAGCUUCGCUACUACCAUCCCUGCUCUACAAGCCAGUGCGAGCGGCAUCGAGGGCAACCAGGCGAGCAAGCAGGUGCAGAAGCUGUUCCUGGUCGCAUUCGCGCUCAAGCUCGUGCAGCGUCUCGAUGCACUCAACCAGCUGUUCAAGACCUCGGUUGCGAGUCUUCCCGCUAUCGGCAACCUGUUCCUACUGUGGGCGGUGCUGUUCAUUUUCGCCGCGAUCGUCUACAUCGAGGUCUUUGGCAUGACCAGGCAAGGCCCAAAUGCGGGAUCACGAUUUCAAAACUACAACACGUUCACGAAUGCGCUGGUCAUGCUGGCCUUCAUGUCGACAGGCGAGGGAUGGAACGGCUACAUGCACGACUACACCGUCCAGUCUCCACGCUGUAUCGAGGGCUGGACCUACCUGGAGUCAGAUUGCGGCAGCGAAGGGUGGGCCUACACGCUGUUCAUCGCGUGGAACAUUCUGAGCAUGUACAUCUUCCUGAACAUGUUUACAGGUGUGGUGGUGCAGUCGUUCUCCUACGUCUACCAGAUGCCAGGGAGCGCCACGCUCGAUCGCGAGCAGAUGCGCUCGUUCAAGCGGGCAUGGGCUCUGAUCGAUGUCGAGCGCACGGGCUACAUCAAGCGCAAGGACUGCGCGCGCUUCCUUUCGAUGCUCAACGGCGUCUUCGAGGUCCGCCUGUACCCAACAGAGUACAGCGUCCCCCAUCUGCUCCAAACUUGUGCGCCGGCACCGGGCGCGACAAAGGACGUGCAGGGCAGCGCUGGGCAUAUGGUGGAUGUUCGCUUGCUUCGCGCAACAAUCGCACAGAUCGACUUCGACCAGGUGCGCAAGCGCCGACGCCAAUUCGUGCGGCUGUUCUACGAAGCGAAGAUCACCGAGGAGCCCGGCCGCGGGAUCAGCUUCACCAACAUGCUGCUCAUGCUCGCGCAGGCUACCCUCAUCAAUGACGAGGACGCUCUACAGAUCGACGAGCUUCUUGUGCGCCGCGCCAAGAUGGAGCGCGUGGACGACCUCGUCAACCUCGAUCGUGUCCGUGGCCUUCUGCGUACUAUCUACUGGCGGCGUAAAUUCCUGACUUACUGCGAGGAGAAGGUGCGCGCGGCGGCAGCCGAGUCGGGCCGCGCCGUUCCCGCCAUUGUGCUGCCCGACACUACGUCUCCCAAUGCGCCUCGCGCCCCAUCGCUGGCCGAUGAACCGCUGCAGCCGACACGCAGCCCAUGGGGGACGCCGACACACACGCCGCCCGCGAGCCGCCCCACGUCCCCAAUAAGCCCCAUUCGCUCUGCCCCUUCGACGCCGAGCAGAUCGCAGGCACGGCAGGGCUCGGGGCCAAGCCCGUCACGGCCCGUCAGACAGGGAUCUGGGCCGAGCAGGAAGGGCACCAGCUCGUCCGGGCCGAGCCGGUCGGGCACACUCGACGCCGACCCCUUCGACGGCCUCAGUGUCGACAGCCACUUCACGCUCGGCAGCUCAAGCAACCACGGGACGGUGCUCGGCGCGCUAAGCAUGGCGCCUCUGACUGGCGCUCCGUCUGUGCACGGAUCCCAGCUGUCGCACAACACGCUCAACCCGUCGCGCCGCGGGUCGGCAGAUAGCACCGCGCUGAGCGGGUCGCAGCGGCUGUCCAACUACAGCUCGUACACGCACUCGCGCGAGCCGAGCUUUGACGAGCCGCCGAGCGAGGACGUGCUCGCGACGAUGGCGGGCAGCGAGUGGGCCGAGAUGAUGCGUGAGGCAGUGGAGGAGGAGGACGACCGGUGAGACGUGACGCGAGACGAUAGAGUGACGCGAAGAGAGUACGAGUCGUGUAGGCAUGACAUUGGUUUCUCAUAGACACACAGUUGUACAACUAUAGCAAUGAUGUCGGAUGCGCCCUCGGGCCUCUAUU